AUGGCUAGUGAAGAGUUUAGAGCGCUGGAGGAUUGUGUAAAUAAAGUAAAUGUCAACACGACCCACUUAGAAAAGUUUUUGAGUCUUCAAGAUGAUGUGGCUGCAGACUUCACUUCAAUUACAAAAACUCUCUAUGACCUCCAAAAAGCCCACGAGCCACAACAGUUUAAAGGAAGUCCGCUGGUGGAGUUGGCGGUAAAGAACUUUGAUGAGGAGCAGAUCUGGCAGGAACUGGAGCUACAAAACAACCCUGUUUUACAACACUUUCAACAGUUUGUGGAGAAUAUUUUGUCAGAUGAGAUAGCAUUUGAGGAAGAUGAGGAAGUAAAUGAAAAUGACAAAGCAUUUUCUGAUAACGAAGAAGCAGCAACAGAAGAAGAUGAAGAGGAGGAAGAAAACAACUAUGACGAUGAUGAGGAAAAAGUUAAGAAACCUUCAAAGAAAAAGACUGCUGUCAGUGACGAUGAAUUCUCUAAUGAGGACUCUGAUGUAGAUUUUGAUGUGGAUGCAUUGGAGAAAAGGGAAAAAAUCAAGAAAAAAACAGAUGGAAAUAAGUCCAAAACAAGAGGAAUUCCUUCUGAAGUGGAUGAUACGUUCUUUAAAUUGUCAGAUAUGGAGUCUUUCCUUGAUGACAUGGACAAGCGGGAGGGAAAGGACAAUGAGAAUUUAGAUGAUGUCGAUUAUUUUCAAGAUUUGCCAUCUGAUGAAGAAGAUGGGCUUUGUCUGGAGAAGAUGCUUUCGGCCAAGAAGAAAAAUAAAAAAGUUAAAAGUUCCAGGAAUCUUAAGUAUCAAGAUUACUUUGAUCCUGUGGAUGGAGAAAUUGCAAAAGCCGAUUCACAAGAGGAGGAGGAGGAGGACGAUGAUGAUAAUGAUGAUGAUGACGACAAAGAAGAAGAGGAGGGUGAGCUUGACGAAGGGGACGAAUCUGAAGAUGAUGAGUUUGAUGACUCAAAACAAUCCAUGGGCAUUAACAAACAGAAAAGGGUGAAAUUCAACCUUUCAGGAGAUGAGGACAGCGAAGGAGAGCAUAUGGAGGACAUAUUUGGUGGAAAAUCAGCUAAAACUGAAUCAAAAUCAUCAUUUGAAAAGCGACAAGAGAAGAUCUCUGAGAAAAUCGGCGAGCUGGAGAAAGCUGCAAUGGCAGAAAAGCCGUGGCAGCUGACCGGAGAAGUGUCGGCGCAGGCUCGCCCCGAAAACAGCAUGCUCGAGGAGCACGUGGAGUUCGAACAGUCCUCUAGAAUGGCCCCUGCAAUCACAGAAGAGACAACGUUACAACUUGAAGACAUCAUCAAGCAGAGGAUUAAAGAUGGGGCUUUUGAUGAUGUGGUCCGUAAAGAAAAACCCAAGGAGGAAGUGUUUGAGUACAAGAAGAGGUUAACCUUGGAUCAUGAGAAAAGCAAACUAAGCUUAGCAGAGGUCUAUGAACAAGAAUACAUAAAAAAGAUUCAGCAAAAGACAGAAGAGGAGGAAAAUCCAGCUCAUGUAGAGAUUGAAAAACUCAUGGACACCCUCUUCCUCAAGUUAGAUGCCCUUUCAAACUUCCACUUCACCCCGAAACCAUCUGUUCCUGAGGUUAAAGUGGUCUCUAACCUGCCUUCUAUUGCGAUGGAGGAGGUGGCUCCAGUCAGUGUCAGCAAUGCCACGUUACUCGCUCCAGAAGAAGUAAAGGAAAAGAGCAAAGCUGGCGAUAUUUUGGGCGACACCGAAAAGACCACAACGGACAAAAAGCGUGAUAGGCGUCACAAGAAAAAGGUUAAGCGUCUCAAAAUUCAGGAGAAAGAAAGAAGACAAAAGCUCAAAGAGGCCCAACAAACUGGAGAAAAUAAGAAGCUAUCCAAGGCUCAAGUCGCGGAAAGUGUAAAGAAACUCACAAAAGGUGGCAAAGCUACACUGCUGAAGGAUGAAGGAAAGGACAAAGCCCUACGCUCCUCUCAAGCCUUUUUCUCUGAGCUGCAGGAUCAAGUAAAGAGCCAGAUCAAAACAAACACCGAAACCGCUGAAAGUGUUCGACACAUUUGCGCUGUAACUCCUGGUAGGCUCAUAACAUGUUUGCUUGCUAUUAGCAGACUGAAACUUCUGGAAAAAAAGAAAACCGAACUUGCACAGAAGGCACGAAAGGAAAUUGCUGAUUACCUCGCUGCGGGUAAAGAUGAGCGGGCACGAAUCCGAGUGGAACAGAUCAUCAGAGAAGACUAUCUGGUGGAGGCGAUGGAGAUCCUGGAGCUGCACUGCGACCUGCUACUGGGACGAUACGGCCUCAUUCAAUCCAUGAAAGAGCUGGAUCCAGGUUUACAAGAAGCAGUAUCUACUCUUAUCUGGGCAGCCCCUCGUCUUCAGUGUGAAGUGGCUGAGCUAAAAACGGUUGCCGAUCAGCUGUGUGCAAAGUAUAGUAAGGAGUAUGGGAAGCUGUGCAAGACAAACCAGAUUGGAACUGUCAAUGAAAGGUUGAUGCACAAAAUGAGUGUUGAGGCUCCUCCUAAAAUCCUGGUGGAGCGUUACCUGAUAGAGAUCGCAAAGAACUAUAAUGUGCCGUAUGAGCCUGAUGCCAUGGUGCUUCCAGAGGUGUGUCCAGGGGAAGAGGCUGAUCUGAUCGACGUGAACCAUGACAGGAAGGGGGGAGGCGGAGGCGGUGGUGGUGGCUUCACUGCUCCUAUGGCUCCAAUGCCUAUGGCCCCAAUGCCCAUGUCCAUGCCCAUGCCAACCGCCUUCAACUAUCCCACACCUAAAGGAGCACAACCAUAUAAUCCUUCCGUCGGGACUUACAACAACUUCCAGUCUCCCAUGGGAGGGGGGCAGCCUCCACAGUUGCCCACUUGUCCCCCCACAUACGAGUCCAUUGAUGACCUAACUGAUAAUUCCUCUGCCCCUUCGCAGGCUGUCGCCUCUGGUCCUUUUCCUCAUGGAUUUGACAGCAAUGCUUUGCCAGAGCUGCCUUCGGUUCCAGACACACUCCCCACAUCUUCGUUUGGUGGAAAAACAACUUCCUCAGACGACAUUGAUUUUGAUGAUUUGACACGAAGGUUUGAAGAGCUCAAGAAGAAGACCUAA